ACGUGACGCGCAUGCACCCACCGGUCAGUGGACAUGACAGGUGUUCGUCUGCUCCGCACUGUCGAUUAUGUUUAACUGAAAAAAUAAAUUGAUAACGAUCAGGCAAGAAUGAUCAGUCGAUCCGUCGUCGUUUCGUCGCGAGAAGGUUAACUGUCGGGGCAGCCUCGCGCGGAAAAACAGGAGCUAUGAGUGCGGCGCGAGAGUCAGAGGUGGACAAUCUUAAGCAGCAGGGAAAUGCGUGCGUCAAGCAGGAGAAGUAUGAGGAGGCGAUGUUCCACUACACGCAUGCGAUCAAGCUGGAUCCGCAGAACUAUUCCCUCUACAGCAACAGAUCCUUUGCCUUCCUGAUGAUGCGGCAGUACCACUACGCCAUGGAGGAUGCUCUGACGACCAUCCAACUGAAGCCGGAUUGGUCCAAAGGUUAUUUCAGGAAAGGCGAGGUUGAGCUGAGGACGUUUCGAUUCAGCGAGGCGCUUCAGUCGUACAACAAGGCUUCGUCGCUGCAGCCAAACGAGCCUCGAAUUCUAGAAGCGAUAAACAGGGCGUCAAGAUCGCUGAUCAAGGACAGAAGAGCUGACCAGCAGAUCCCGUGGCUUGGAGCCGGCGUCGGCAUCAUACUGGGAGUCAUAGUCGUGAUCGCUGAUUAUGUUUUUACAAACAAGCCCACACUAACGCAUCCUCUCCUGAUGGCGUUGCUGACGAUGUCUAUAGCCAUGCUCGGCUUCAGCAUCGCGAAGGGGUUCCGCUACUUCGUAAAGUGCCAAAGAAAAUCGCUGCUGGAGCCACCCGUCGACCUUUUCCCCGAGGAGAAAGAGGACCUCGAGAACAUCGACGUGGAGAGGAACAGCGAGAGGGAGAAGCAUCCCAAGUACAGCAAAGCGCAAGCGAGACAGCGAUUCCGCAAGGGGAAGUCGUAGUGCGUUUCGCGGCGUUUAUUCCGAUGUACAUUCUUGAAUAUUUGAAAGAGAGAUGCAGCUGGCAGAUGCUUGCCUCCUAGUACACCGAAAUAUACCCGCGGUCGAUAAAAAUAACGUGACAACAUCUAGGCAUGAUCAGGAUUAUUAUCCGUCGGGGAUCAGAGAUUUGCCACGGACAUUCGCACUUUCCGUUCGGAGUACGUUAUUGUCUUCUUUCUGACGGAAUAAUGAUGUAUUUUAAUAUAUUUUAUAUAAUUUUACUCUCUGGCCAGGAUUGUUAAAAAUAAAUAAAAAUAAUUCAAUCAAAUAACGGAAGCACUCGCGCAAGGGGAUGUUUGGGUGACGAUUACGGUGAAACGUAGCUGCUAAUCGCUAGCUACGUGUACGUGGCAAGUACAGUUAACUAUCUGUACGUUCAACAUAAUUUAAUUGCACAAGUAACCGUACGAUUUAUAAGCGACGUGUGAGCGUAUUUUAAGAUCACUCGAAAUUAAUGAGAAUACUGUACUUGAAUAUUUGUAUUCCUUAUGAGUCACUUAGCCAGAACAUUCUGAAAUUCUUACUCUUGUGAUGAUUCUUGUACAACGAAUAACGAGGUGUAAACGUGUGUCAACUUAGCGUUAUUAUAAGAUAAUAUAUACAUGUUGCACUUUUCUCUACAUUUUGCACAAAGUAAUACGUAAUGUCAAGCGUGCGCGCGUAGCGCACCCUCCCUAUAGGUCUCGAUUACAAUUGAUAUAUGUAACGAAGAGUCUUCGCUAGAGCUAGGGAACGUCAUCGCGUCGGGAAAGAUUAAUAGAUUAUAGCUCGUCGAUUCAUAGUUUAUCGGCUACCUGCAUCCGCAAUCUCUCAGUCUCGAUGUACCGAUUAAACGGCACAUACGCAUCCUGCGAUCCGUGAAGCUAUUAUACAAUUUACGAUGUUGCAUAGUUACCUAAUAAAAACUGCAAAUGUCCA